AUGCAAACAACAUCCCCUUCCGCUGUAGCUUCAGCUCGAUCCAACUCUCAUUCGAGCUUGUCUUUACAAGAUCCGUUAAACAAACCUCUCGAGAAGGAGCUCACGAUUUUAGAGGAUAUUGCAAAACAUGAUGACGGAAUAGACAGCGAGGAUGAAGAGGAAGAAAAACAUCAAUACAAAGUCAUCAUUGUUGGAGAUGGAACUGUGGGAAAAACAUCAACGAUCAGACGAUUCACAGAAGACGAAUUUCAACAAUCUUACGUGAGAACUGUAGGAGUCGAUUGGUUCAUCAAAAACGUUUCCAUGGUUGCCCAUGGACCAUUACAAAAAACAGACAAUAAAGAUGAUAAAGGAAAGUUAAAGAAAAUUGAAGUGACGUUUCAAAUAUGGGACAUUGAGGGACAGGCUCUUGGAUCCAAAAUAUUGGCCAGCUAUAUUUACGGAUCUGAUGCGGUCAUCUUGACCUAUGACAUUACAAACUUGGAGAGCUUUCAAAAUUUGAAUGAAUGUCACGAGAGAAAGGUAAAACGAGAAAUGCACGACGAGUGGACGUCUCGCAACGGAUUGCAGUCAUAUUUUGUUUCAGCCAAAACUGGUGACAUGGUAAAUAUUUCGUUCAUUAAACUGGCUGCUCUACUUGCCGGAGUUCAGCUGCCUCAAGGUCAGCUGGAUGGUGCAACGAAAGUAAUUGUUGCUCCAAUCAUUAAUUAUGGCACUCCAAGCAAGGAAGAAGAGAAGCCUAAACCAAAAGAAACAAUAGUGAGGAGUAGGACAUGUAUCAUCUCAUAA